AUGAUUGUUGAGAGCGUUGGGGAAGGUGUGACAGAUCUUAAAUCAGGGGAUCACGUCCUUCCUGUUUUUACCGGGGAAUGCAAAGAGCGUAGGCAUUGCAAGUCAGAGGAGACCCGGAUGCACGUGGAGGUACGAAUUGAGGAAACUAGGAGAUUUUUACUCGGGCGACCCCUCACAUGCCCCUCACGUGCAGCCCGGAUGCACAUGGAGGUACCAAUUGAGGAAACUAGGAGAUUUUUACUCGGGCGACCCCUCACAUGCAGCCCGGAUGCACGUGGAGAAUCAAUUUACCAUUUCGUUGGAACUUCUACAUUUAGCGAGUACACUGUGGUUCAUAUUGGCUGUCUUGCCACGAUCAACCCUGCUGCUCUACUCGACAAAGUUUGCGUUCUUAGCUGUGGAAUUUCAACAGGUCUUGGUGCCACAUUGAAUGUUGCAAAACCAACAAAAGGGUCCACGGUGGCAAUUUUUGGAUUAGGAGCUGUCAGUCUUGCGGGGCAAGGGUUGCAGGUGCUUCGAGGAUUAUUGGGGUUGAUUUGAACGCAAAGAGAUUU